CCCGGUCCGCUCGGUGUCGCCGCUGUCGCUCGGUGUGUCCCAGCCCAGCCAUGCCGCUGCCCCGUGUUCCCGUGUGCGCCGCGCUGCUGCUCGGCCUCCUCCUGCAAGCCGCCGCCGCCGAGUCGGUGAGGGAAACUGAAACCAUGAAUGCUGGAUGGCUGGACUACCCUGCAUCUGGGGACCUGCCAGAUGAUGAAGACAUUGGUGAAUUCAGGCCUCACUUAACCUCUGAUGGGUUAGAUAUAGAUGAGACAUCUGGGUCAGGAGACUACCCAGACUCUGAAGAUGGCUUGUAUCUGACCACCAUGGAUACCCCUCUGAUACCUGACAACUAUAUCCCUGGAGAUACUGGCAGAAAGAUAGAAGGUGAGAAGGAAAACACAAUGGUGGACAAUGAAAUCAUUCCAGACAAAGCUGUACCUCUGGAGGAGAACCUGUCCAACAAGAUCUCCAUGGCAAGCACGGCCAACAGCAGCAUCUUUGAGAGAACAGAAGUCCUUACAGCUCUCAUCGCAGGAGGAGCAGUGGGUCUCCUGUUUGCCAUCUUCCUGAUCCUGCUCUUGGUCUACCGCAUGAAGAAAAAGGACGAGGGCAGUUACGACCUGGGCAAGAAACCCAUCUACAAGAAGGCCCCCACAAAUGAGUUCUAUGCCUAAAGCUCAGCAGCACCUUGUGCCCAUCAAGGGACAAGCAGACUGUACUGAAACACUGUGCCCUCAGAUGAGAUGUGCUGAACAAAUGCUUUUUUUUUUUUAAUUUUUUGGAUUGAAUUUCAAAGUGACUUUGAGAAAAAACAAACUUCCUUCGUGACCCUUCCCAUCCCACUCAGCUAACAAGGGCCCAAUGAAAUACAAAGAGUCUGAAAAAAAACCUCAGUGUAUUUUUUUUUCCAUAAGUUAGCAUAAAAAGAGUAAAGAUGCCAAAUUUUCUGCUUGGUUUUAUGGAGGGUAUAUAAACACAAACCAGACUGUAUGGAAGCAAACACCAUGUGUUUGCAUCCUGCGUGCUGUCCUGGGAUUGGCUGCUUCCAUAGAAGAUGGCUUUUUUUUUUUUUUAUAUAUAAAUCUUGCUACUAGAUGUCUUGCAGCAGGCUGUUGAUGUGAAGCAUUUUUGUGGAGAACUAUUUAUGAAUCUCUUACACUACAGAUAAUGUUGCCUUAUCAGGGAGCAAAAGGCCCACGAGGGCUCCAUAUCCCUGAAUGCCAUAAAGGGCCUAUGGGAAUGUCCUCCCCAGGAGAUUUCUGUCUUUUCCUGUUGGCCCCAGGCAAGGGUCAUUAGUCGAUGAAAUCAGGACAGCCAGUUGUGUUUGGCUAUGGCAACACCCUUUCCUUGCCUUCAGUCUCUUACCUUUUUUUAAGGACGGCUUGUAGGAUUUUUUUUAUAACAAAAUUUUAAAGAAAAUAGCCUGAUGUUUAUAUAAAGUUUGUAGAAAUUGUUUUGAAAUAAUAAAAAAAAUAAUCUACUUUUUUAAUUUCCUCAGAUUUAUUUUUUCAAUCCCUUUGUGUUUCCUUUGGCCGGGCAUUUCUCUAGAGAUGCUGUUUUAUAUGAUUCCUAUUCUGAACUGAAGCAGAGUUAGUUACAGAGUGUUACAGGUUUCUUCUAGUUCUACAGCAGCUACUAUAGAGGGUAAAGAUAUUUAUGGUUUUCUCAUAACUUUUCUAGGAUUUUUUAAAAUAAAAUAGAAUUAUUUAUAGUUUCUGAAA